AUGUCAAAUAAUAAUUCAACAAACGAUAAAUCAUUAUAUAUGAAUAAUGAUUCAAAACCUCCUAUAUCAAAUAUGACAUCAUCAUUAAGUCAUAUGUCUCAAAUUACAAGUACUUUACAAUCAUCAAUUUCAUCAUAUAAUUCAUCAACUAAUCAAGGAUCAAAACAAUCAUUAAAUAAUCCAAAUUUCGAAUAUAUAUCUAAAUCAAUUGAUGAUAUAAAUUUACCAUUACAAUAUAUACAAUUUUAA